ACUAGAACUCUCAAUCAAGCGUUUCAAUCUUUUCUUCCUUUCCUCUAAAAUGGCAAUUCUCUAUCCGGCAACCUUUGCCGGCUUUGCACACCAUGCCAAAAAUUUCCCGUCUCUUCUUUCUCCUCGUUUCCCGAUUAAUUUCCACCUCCAGUUCCUGCCGCUGCGCUCAAAUCCCCACGCACACGUCCGCCGUCUGCACGCCGCGUUAUCUCCCCAACCGCCUCCCCAGUCCGACCCGCCACCUGAAAUGGAUCCUGUUCGGCCCAAAGGCAUGUUUGGAACUUUGUCUGGACUUCAGGACCGUGUUCAGAUCUUCUUAGCUGUUCUUUUCUGGAUGUCUUUAUUCUUCUGGUCCUCUGCAUGGGGUGGAAGGAACAAUGGUAGUGGUAGACCAAACAAAGGAUCUCGAUUUAGAAAAUGACGUAGUAAGCAUUUAAUUUGUACAUAAAAAGUCUUCAAAGAAGUAGUUUUAGCUUAUAUACAAGGAAAAAGAUACAUUGUUGUCUAUACAGGUGGUUUUUAUAGCCUUUUUCACAUUCAGUUUACCAGUAUAGUUGUAAACUUGAAUUAGGAAAGUUUACAUAUUCAAUUUAAAUUGAAAUAUUCACUCUCUUCAUGUA